AUGGCAGAAGAUGGGCAAACUGUUCUUGCUCAAUAUCAACUAGGCAACUGCAUCGGCAAAGGUCAAUUUGGCUCUGUUUAUCGUGCUUUAGAUUUGUCCACUGGCGAAACAGUGGCUAUAAAAAGACUCUUUCUAGAUAGCAGCAGCAAUAACAACGACACUAUCAAAGAAGAAGAAGAAUUCAAUGAGGAAGUCAUGAAAGAAGUCAGUCUUUUAAAGACACUAUCACAUACCAACGUCAUUCGUUAUCUAGGUUGUAUCCAACAACAGCAGACGAACAAUGGGAACACCAUGAAUAUUAUUCUUGAAUAUGCAGAGAAUGGAUCCCUUAUGUCUACGUUAAAAGCCUUUGGCGCCUUUCCUGAGAAACUGGUUGCUUCGUUUUGUAUCAAAAUUUUAAACGGCCUCGACUAUUUACACCAGAAUGAAGUGGUGCAUUGCGAUUUGAAGGCGGCCAACAUUCUCACUACAAAGACAGGUGAUGUAAAGUUGACUGACUUUGGUGUAUCAUUGAACCUAAAGUUGAAAACGGUUGAUCCAGGUUCUGCAGUUUCAGGAACACCUAAUUGGAUGGCACCUGAAGUGAUUGAACUGAAAGGUGCUUCUACCAAAUCGGACAUUUGGUCUUUGGGUUGUACAUUGAUUGAAUUGGUCACAGGCAAACCACCUUAUGCUGACAUGAUUGCUAUGUCUGCUAUGUUCCAUAUCGUUGAGGAUGAAGCGCCUCCACUUCCAAAAAAUGUCUCUGAAGAAAUGAAAGAGUUCCUUUUAGCUUGUUUCCGAAAGGAUCCUCGAGAGCGACCUUCAGCAAGUGAAUUGAAACAAUAUCCUUGGAUCAUUCAGUAUCAACAAAGGCUGAUGAUGAAAAAGACAGAAACCUAUUCUCACGAUUUAUCCAGUUAUCUCUCCAUACAACAACCGCAAGAAGGCAAAUGCAGCAAUAAUGGUGGCAAUGGUGAUGCUGAUGAAGCUAUUUGUAGAGACAAUCAUAGCAGUAGAAGCACCACGUCCACGUUGAAGACGAACAGGACAAAGAUUAACGAUGAAAGUCAAAUUACUCUGUACGAUCAUAAUGGUGAUUUUGAAAAGAUCAAAAUAGAUACCACGUCUCCAUACGGAUUAAAAGCAGAAGAAGACUAUAUUACUCAUCGCUUCAUUCAUACUUCCUUCGGCAAAGGUAAGAUGGUCCCAUCCUGA